GUAAUGAGCAGUCGCAGGUUGGGAUCAGGCAGAACCGUAGUCGAGAACAAGCCAAGGUUGGUAAUGAACAGUCGCAGGUUGGGAUCAGGGAGAAGCGCAGUCGAGAACAAGCCAAGGUCUGUAAUGAGCAGUCGCAGGUUGGGAUCAGGCAGAAGCGUAGCCGAGAACAAGCCAAGGUCAUUAAUGAGCAGUCGCAGGUUGGGAUCAGGCAGAAGCGUAGUCCUGAACAAGCCAAGGUCGGUAAUGAGCAGUCGCAGGUUGGGAUCAGGCAGAACCGUAGUCGAGAACAAGCCAAGGUCGGUAAUGAGCAGUCGCAGGUUGGGAUCAGGCAGACGCGUAGUCCUGAACAAGCCAAGGUUGGUAAUGAACAGUCGCAGGUUGGGAUCAGGCAGAAGUGUAGUCGAGAACAAGCCGAGGUCAGUAAUGAGCAGUCGCAGGUUGGGAUCAGGCAGAAGUGUAGUCGAGAACAAGCCGAGGUCAGUAAUGAGCAGUCGCAGGUUGGGAUCAAGUGGAAGCAUAGUCGAGAACAAGCCAAGGUCGGUAAUGAGCAGUCGCAGGUUGGGAUCAGGCAGAAGCAUAGUCGAGAACAAGCCAAGGUCGGUAAUGAGCAGUCGCAGGUUGGGAUCAGGCAGA